AAUCUCACAAAAGCAGUCGUGCUGAGAGAGGGAAAUAUAAGACCCGUGUCUAUCGACUUAGUCAAAAGACAGUUCAAAGAAUAACGGUUAUUCUGGUCUAGAAAAGACGCCUUUUUCAGAUGAAAUGAUGGACACAGAUGUCAUGGUAGGAACCGAAGUGUCGAGUCUCAAGCGGGCGAGGACGCCUUCGCCUGAAGUCCCCAACAAGAUGGCUCCCGUAAAAGACUUGAUCGAACAGAACAUCAAAGACAACAAUGUAAUGGUGUUCUCCAAGUCGACUUGCCCAUUUUGUAAAAAGGUGAAAGAGCUUUUCAAGUCAUUGAAUGUGACAUUUUAUGCUCUGGAGAUAGACUUACUAGACAAUGGAUCAACGAUACAGGACAAACUGAAAGAGAUGACAGAACAAAGAACAGUUCCAAAUGUGUUCAUUCAUGGGAAACACAUUGGAGGUGCAGAUGCUACGAUGAAGCUUCAUACAGAUGGAAAGCUAAUGGAGUUGAUAAUGCCUCCAUCAGAAAACUACACAUAUGAUCUAAUUGUUAUUGGUGGAGGUUCAGGUGGUCUUGCAUGUUCCAAGGAAGCAGCAAUCAUUGGGAAAAAAGUUGCAGUUCUGGAUUUUGUCAAACCAUCACCAAUUGGCACUACUUGGGGUCUUGGAGGCACCUGUGUGAAUGUUGGUUGUAUCCCAAAAAAACUCAUGCAUCAGGCUGCUAUAUUAGGUAUGUUUUUUCUCAGACAAUUUCUUUUCAUUGUCCAGACCAUCGAUAAAAAAGGAAGAGAGGGGGAGAUGACAGCUCAACAUAUUGUUCUUGCUACUGGUCUACGUCCGAGGUACCCUGACAUCCCUGGAGCAAGAGAAUACGGCAUUACAAGUGAUGAUUUGUUCUCGUUAGAAAACAGUCCUGGCAAGACGGUAAUAAUCGGAGCAUCUUACGUUGCUCUGGAAUGUGCCGGGUUCUUAGCUGGGAUCAAGCUUGACGUAACUGUUCUGGUGCGAUCAAUUCUCUUACGAGGUUUUGACCAGCAAAUGGCUGAGUUAAUUGGUAAUGACAUGAUCAGCCAUGGAAUAAAGGUUAAAAGACCAUCAAUUCCUACAAAGAUUGAACUUAUAGAAGAAGGAACACCCAGAAAACUAAGAGUUUAUUAUAAACAUUUAGACAGUGGCGAGGAGGGCUCCGUAGAGUGCAACACUGUGAUGUUUGCGAUUGGCAGAGACCCAUGUACACAGGGAAUUGGUCUUGAGAAUGUCGGAGUGAAACUCAACCCAAAGAAUGGGAAAGUAAUCGCUGGCGACAAUGAACAAACUAGUGUGCCAAAUAUUUUCGGUGUCGGAGAUAUCAUGGAUGGCAAACUAGAACUCACUCCAGUUGCGAUUCAGGCCGGUAGAUUACUUGCACGUCGGUUAUACGGAGGCCAAAAUGAAUUGUGUGAUUAUGUAAAUGUCGCUACAACAGUAUUUACACCAUUGGAGUAUGGCUGCAUUGGUUUGUCUGAAGAAGACGCCAUUGCCCGCUUUGGGGAAGAGAAUGUGGAAGUGUACCAUACUAACUACCAACCUCUCGAGUACACGGUCGCCAAACGGGACGUGUCCGGCUGCUAUGCAAAGCUGGUUUGCAACAAAAGUGAUAAUGAGCGCGUCGUCGGCUUCCACGUUCUUGGUCCAAACGCUGGAGAGGUGACGCAGGGCUAUGCUGUGGCCAUUAAGUUAGGAGCCACGAAAAAAGACUUCGACAGAACUAUAGGUAUCCACCCCACAGUGUCAGAGGUGAGUGUAUCGACUGUUAGAUUCUCCUUACUAUACCUUCGUAAAGUAAGAAGAUAGGUUGUGAGAAUUUGUCUUUUGGUGGAGAUAUGUUACGUCAAUCGAAGUCAGACUUGCUUUAACCGGGCUCCAGUUCCAGGAACUUACAAGAGCGUGAGAACCGGA